AUGGCUGAAAUUGAAGAGCAAUUUUACAAGUUGGUCAAUUAUUUCCCACUCUUAUAUUUUACUCAUAUUUGCAGUAUUUGGAAGCAAAUGUCUCUAAAUGAAUCAUUGGAUUCACGUGAUCGAUCAAAACUUGCGGUGUGGGAUUACCCAGUUUCUGACAAAUUUACAAAUAUGUGGCGCUUCAUGCAAGGUUAUACUUUAUUAAUUAAAAAACACUCCAUUAUUGCAGAAUCGCGCCUUCCACAAACUGUAGACGAUGCGAUCGAUCGUGUUUUAAAUUCGGAACGUGGCUUCGCUUUCAUUGUAAUUCACUUUAUGAUUCAGCUAAUGAAUAUUUAUUUGUAA